CCUGGUUGUAUUCGAUGUACUGCAAACUCGAGUGGCGAUGUCUGUACCAACAGGCCUUUAUUCCUAAGAAUAGACAAAGAAGAGCCGAGCGCCCCAAUAUAGUUCUUUAAAAACUUAUCAUUGAACUCUGACCAGCCGUUAGGCAGUCUUUCAGCCUCGACAAUGCUUCCCUCUAUCCCGUCUACUACAGUAUAUUCAUUGUGCUUUUUACCCUCAAUCAUCCGGGAGGAGCUGUCGAUGCAACGAAACGCUUGGGAAAGGAGAAAGUGAGGUCUGCAGAUGCUGGAGAUCAGAGCUGAAAACGUGUUGCUGGAAAAGCGCAGCAGGUCAGGCAGCAUCCAAGGAACAGGAAAUUCGACAUUUCGGACAUAAGCCCUUCUUCAGGAAUGAGGAAAGUGUAUCCAGCAGGCUAAGAUAAAAGGUAACAGACUCUCGAGUGCUUAUCUCUGUGAUCCUCCAUCAGAAGCAGAACUAAUUUUCAUCAUUUCCUGGAUAUCAUUACUGAAAAUGAGAAAACACAUGUCUUGAUAAAGAGAAAUGGGAGAGAUGAAUCUGAGCAGCUUGUACACUGCAAGCGUUUCCCAAAUUCAACUUAUUUUUGCAGGCUUUCCUCCAACUGAGCAAGAUAAAACAAAAACCUCUCCAAGUUACAUUUGAAAAAGAAGCAAAACAACCAAAUAUCACAUGAUGUCAAAGAGCUCUUCAAAGUCACUGGUUCAGUGAUGCGAUCGAAAUGUAGCAGUUCACUAAUUUGAACAGCCUCAGAAACUUCUGGGUGGGGCGUCUCCGAUCUGGUCAUCAGCUGUUCGCGUUGGCUGCUGCUGAGCUCGCCGUAUCCCCAGUUUAACUUUUUUGGCAGUAAUCACCGUUACAAUGCCAGGAAAAUCUUCAAAAUUACUUCGGUUCCUGCAAAACAGCGAGACAGCGACUUCAGCUGUAUUUUGGUCAGGAGGGAUCGUCGUGCUUUAUCAACUGAAGGAGGUCAUCGGAAGGCAAAUUCCUUGCCCGUGUACGUCUGCAGCCUCAAAUGUUCAGUAUGUUUGGAUGUUCUUCUCGCUGCCUGCAAUAAUGUUGUUUGUCUUUGGUGUGCUGCUCCAAUGUGAACAACAGAAAUGCCCAGAGUCGGGAUGCUAUUGGAGGAAAGAGUGGAACUGGCGAACUUUCUGUUGUUUCAAUUCCUUCCAGGCAUGGAAGCGUGAGUGUUGUUCGACGAAGUUGGCCAAGGUCAUUCUUGUCAUUUUCUGCAAAGCACUCAGCCUAUCACUAAUAUGGAUCGGUCUGUUGUUUCUCGAUGGUAAUUAUUAUGCCUGUUCUAUGAUAAUGAAGAAUGCGAAAGUGAACAAUACAAUAUGCGCCAAACUCACCUGCGAACGGAAUCCCAGAUUCUUUUUACAUGAAUACGGUCGUCUUUGUAAUCAUUCGCGGAUGAUCGGUAUCAGUUUGCACUGCAUAUUGGUGCUUGUGGCCGCAUUGAUUUUAUUCUACUACAUUUGCAAAGCUGAUGACACAAAGCCUCAAACCGAAUAUCAGCACAAAUAUCGAUUCAAGUAUAUUAAAGAGAAUAACGAACGGAUUAUGGAGCCAUUGGAAAGUGGAAUGUCUGAGGCUAUACAAACAGGCAGUGAGAACAUGAAGAAAUUAAUCUCGAUCAUUAGUGAUGUUGUAUUUGAGAUUCAUCAAAAUAACUAUGCAACGUACAUGUCUGGCCAGCAGCAAACACAGUCAAGUCCGAGCAGUGAAAGAGAGAAGAUAAUACCAAGACUGCCAUUGCUUACCACUAUCUCAAUCAAGACUGCUUCAGACAAAAAUGAAUCCAUCAUUGGAGUGCACUACACAGUGAGAGAGGAUAUGACUGAAGGGCCUCAACAUGAAGAUGAAGGAUCUCAAAAUGAAUCUUAGAAAUAAAAUGUGAUGGUAAGUUAGCUGUGCCUACCAUUACCAGGAGUUCAUACAAGUGCACAAUUCAGAAAAGACGACUUACAAUACCAAAGUCGGGAGUAUUCUGAAAUGGAAAAUCAAUUCAGAAACAAACAUAAAGUGAAUUAGGAACUAUCAAGGUUACUUAAAAAAAAAAUUAAGACUCGUUCUAAAUAUGGUCAGAGAAUCUAAUUAAUUACAGUUUCUUUAAUGAUUAGACCAAACAGAAGUAUCAAAUGACUCUGCUUGAGUAUAAUAAAUCAUUUCAAUGAUAUUCCUAAAGCAGCUAAGAAAUAUUUUGACCCACAAAUGAAAGGGCUAUUAGCGUGCAAAGGGAACUAUUUUGAAUUUGUUGUCUGAACCAGGCGUGGAAGAAUCUGUGGAAGAAACAAAAAUAGAGUUAAUGCUUCAGAAUGACGAUAUUUUAAUUUAGAACUUUUCAGAUGUAUUAGAUCUUAAACAAAUUUAGAGCGAAGAAAAGGUGGGCAUGGGAGAUGAGAACAAAGAGAUGAGAGGGUGAAAUGGAGAGGUGGAUGAUGGUUAAAGCCUAUACUCCAAGAUGUGCUAAUAAUUGUCUUUCGAUGAGCUGAUCUCUAACUUGCUGUUUUCUGUUCUGAGUUUUUGAAUAGUAGAGUUAUUUUUUUUAAUUUCCAAGACAUAUAAGUAGAAGUGUGAUAAAAAGGGUUGAGGUUAAUUAUGAGCCAAAGUACGCAAAAGCAGGGGGAAUACCUGGGGAGGUACCUGUCUUUACUGAUGAAGCUAUCAAUUAAAUCUUUGUGAAAGAGUGGAGAUACUGGAUGAGUUGAAAAUGGAUAAAACACAACAUUGGAUGAUAUUCAUCCAAGGGGCUGACUUGCUGUCUCAAUGCUUAGCACUGCUGCCUCGCAGUGCCAGGACCUGUCUUUGAUUCCACCUUUGGGCAACUGUCUGUGUGAAGAUUUCAUGUUCUUCCAUCUCUGCGUGGCAUUUCCUCCGGAUGCUCUGGUUGACUUCCACAUUCCAAAUUUCUGCUAGCUUGGUGUUUUUACCAAGUUAAAUUGUCCGUGAUGUCCAUACACACGCAGGUUAGGUGGAUCAUCCAUAGUGUAUGUUAGGUUACAGGGAUAGGGCAGUGGGGUAGUUUGGAUGGGAUGCUGUUUGCAGGGGUCAGUGUGGACUUGAUGGUUUAAAUAUCCUGCUUCUGCACUGUUAGGAUUCUACGAACAAGAAUUUUAAAGAACGGGUCAGUAAAAUGAAAUAUGCAAAGAGCUGAAGAAGGCGACUAUUUAUGCAGAUGUCUGAGAUACUCUUUCAGGUUUGAAACAAUGAUGAAGCGGCAAUGAUGGAAACAAAUGAAGUUCAGAAUGUGAAAACUUAGCAAUUUUCAAAAACAGAAUGGGACAAUUUACAUUUGUGUUCCAACAGCGUCUCUUCUCUUGAAGGAGUUUUGAAUUAUAAAUGUUGGAAAUAGAAAAUUGUCUGAAAGCCUCACAAAAGUCUAAUUUUACAAAUUAAAGCAGACAGUAAACCCAGGUGAGAAUUUUUUUAAAUUAGAUUAUUUACAGUGUGGAAACAGGCCCUUCAUCCCAACAAGUCCACACUAACUCUCCGAAGAGUAACCCACCCAGACACAUUCUCCUCCUGACUAAUGCCCUAACUCUGUGAGCAAUUUAUCAUGGCCAAUUCACCUGACCUGCAUAUCUUUGGAGUGUGGGGGGAAUCCAGAACCUCCCAAGGAAACCCGCGCAGACAUAGGAAGAAUGUGCAACCGCCACACAGACAGUCACCCGAGAUGGGAAUUGAACGGGUCUUCUGGCGCUGUGAGGCUGCAGUGCUCACCGCUGAGCCAUCGUCACAAUUUGACACUUUGUGGUGAUCAUGAUGGGCUCGAAAACUUAAUUGGACAAUGGGGGAAUUACUAUGUGGAUUGCAUGUUGUAAGAUAAUUUUUAGGAUCAUAACAUGUUGAUGAUGAUGGGGGACAUUGAUUGUAAUUGGGUUGGAGUGGUGAGAGGUGACAUGGUGAGUAGAUGGGUAUCUGAGGUAAUUUCAAGGUGUAACUUUUUAUUUUGAUGUUGUCAUUUUUGAGUUGAAGAUGAAACGGAAAGUGUGAGAAAAAUGGAAAACCUAAUUAAAAACCUAAUAAACAGUUGCCUGUCAAAAUAAAAA